GAGCCCCCGAAUGCCUGUAAGCGCGUGACCUGCAGCCUCGUGAACGAGUCUGGGCUGCAACCGGAAGUGAUCUAAUUCCUGACCCGUUCCAAGCGGCCCGAAAGAUUCGGGGGGGAUUUCUAUGGAAGAGAUGUCAGGAGAAAGUGUGGUGAGCUCGGCUGUGCCGGCAGCUACAACACGGACCACCUCCUUCAAGGGGUCUAGUCCCAGUUCCAAAUACGUAAAGCUGAAUGUUGGGGGAGCGCUGUACUAUACCACCAUGCAGACCCUGACCAAGCAGGACACCAUGCUGAAGGCCAUGUUCAGUGGCCGUAUGGAGGUCCUCACAGAUAGUGAAGGCUGGAUUCUGAUUGACAGGUGUGGGAAGCACUUUGGGACCAUCCUGAACUACCUCAGGGAUGGAGUUGUCCCGUUACCUGAGAGCCGGAGGGAGACGGAGGAGUUACUGGCAGAGGCAAAGUAUUACCUGGUGCAGGGUCUGGUUGAUGAGUGUCAGGCAGCAUUACAGAACAAAGAUGCGUAUGAACCAUUCUGUAAAGUUCCACUGGUGACAUCAUCUAAGGAAGAACAGAGGCUUAUUGCCACUGCUAAUAAGCCUACAGUCAAACUGCUGUACAACAGGAGUAACAAUAAAUAUUCAUAUACAAGCAACUCUGAUGACAACAUGUUGAAGAACAUCGAGCUGUUUGACAAGCUGUCUCUGAGGUUCAACGGCCGAGUGCUCUUCAUCAAGGAUGUGAUUGGUGAUGAGAUUUGUUGCUGGUCUUUUUACGGCCAGGGCAGGAAGAUUGCAGAGGUGUGCUGCACCUCAAUAGUCUACGCUACUGAGAAGAAGCAGACAAAGGUUGAGUUUCCAGAGGCUCGCAUCUAUGAAGAGACCCUCAACAUCUUGCUGUAUGAGUCUCAAGAUGGCCGAGGACCAGACAAUGCACUGCUGGAGGCCACAGGGGGCGCUGCAGGUCGUUCCCACCACAUCGACGAGGACGAAGAGAGGGAGCGCAUUGAAAGAGUGCGGAGGAUCCAUAUCAAGCGUCCCGAUGACCGCACUCACCACCACCAGUGACCCUGCAGUUUCACCACAUUUCAGUGCCUUAACAACUACCAGCGCUUCAGAUACGCUCCUGUAUUUGCACACGGACACGUCAGUUAAGUUUAUACUGAGUCUGCUUUCUUAGAGAGACAAAGGAAUACUAGUUAGCAUUGAUAAUGUUAUAUAAAUUUGGCAUAUAGGGCAGUGCAGCAUUGACACCUCCUCAAACGGCAGUUGUGCAUUUGAGGACCUUACUAAAAAGUUAUGGGAUGGUGUUAGUGUGAACAGAAGGGUAGUUUUACUGCAUUCAUGACAUUCCUUUAACGUUUUGCCCUAUUUGCUAUUUAUAAAGCAAGUUACAAUGAAUAUAUCAAGUUGAUCAGCUAAACUGUCAUUUAAUUUGUAGAUUUGCAGCUAAUGAAUAUUAUCAGAAUUGAGUUGUUAGCCAUAGUAUUCUUGUCCAUUUUUGUCAUUUAUUGUUUGUUUUUUUCUGUUUGAUUGAAGACUGUAGGGUUCCUGGUGCCUUAUAGAUUAAUACUGUGCUUUUGAGUGUUUUUGUUUUGCGUGUUGUCAUAGAUGUUGGAUUUUUGUUUUUUGAGUUUAGUUUAUCCCCAAAUAAUUGUUUUUGUUUGCUUUGGCGCUUUGAAUGGAAGUGUUGGAGCAAGCAUUUGACAGUGCUGAUAGUGUCUUACUGAGAUAUUAUGGAUUUUCAAUCCAGACCAGAGCUCCCCUAUAUUACACUCAGAGGAGAGUGGCAUAAAAAUUCUUAAUCUGUAAAAAAAAAAAAUUAUUAUGCUUGUGCAAAAAUAUUUGUGCAAACUGUCACUUGUGCUUAAUCUCAGCGGAUUAUCUGUGCUGGAUUUUUGAGAGGUCUAUAUGAGUUUGGUCAAUAGAGGGCAGUGUAGUGUUAUGGUUCUUUAACUCGUGUACAUGAGGCACUUUUAGAUGAUCAAACCCAGAAGUCAGCAAGUUUUCUAUGCCCUUUGAGCUACAAUCAGU